CUUUGGAUUAUUGGGCAGUUGAAUUUUUCAUCAGCCAUGUCGUCUUUCAGAAGAAACUCGAAAUCGGUUUUCUAUAUCGAUAUUGAAAAGACUCCCAUUGAACCUAUUGAAGAAGAAGAAGAGGAGCAAGAGGUUUAUUAUCAAAAUAAAGAGUCGCUAUUAUCGAUAGUGUUAUUGAUAUUGAGUAUUGGAACCUUGUUCAACUUGAUUUUGUUCAAGUCAAGUAAUAAUGAAGUACAAUCUGCCAACCAGUCGUAUAUUAAGAAUUUUUUCAAAUUCUGUUUUGAUAUGCAAGAAGACGCUGAAGAGGAAGUUGUUUUCCCUGAAAGUGCAGUUAUGCAAGAAGAGGAGGAGGUUGAUGCUCAAGCAGACUUGAAAGAAAUGCUAUCGAUAGCCCCAAUUACUCUAUUACUAAAUGAAGAAACCCCUCCAGAGAAACAAGGUCGUUUUUUACAAAUAUUACUCUAUUCUUUCAGUAUUACCCCAGAACCAGUCACGGUUGAAUUGCAUAGACACCCUCACUACUAUCAAGUAUACCAAUACUUGAAAUCGUAUACCCAGCACGAGCAAACCACCACCACCACCACUUCCACCAUUAAAGACGCCCAGUACUCCACGGAUGCAUACCGUGAAGAUGAAGAUCAUAUUCCCAGACUCUUUAUUGGGGGCACCCCGGUUGGGGAUUACGACUGUAUUAUUAAGUUAUACGACGAAGGCAAACUUGUGGACUUUUUAAGGGAAAAAGGUGAUGGUCUUAUCAAUGUUGGUUAAAUGGGC